AAAACCCAAAAACGAUCGGAACCUGUGAUCAGCCUUCCACCGGUUCCAUACCGGCCCUGGUAUAAACGUUGGCAUCAUAUUAGUUGGCCAGCUCCACCUUUCCCUUCCCUUCUCUCCGUUCCUUCACCUACUCACCAAGCAUGACUUGGUCAGAUGUACCAAUCUCGAUAGACCCGAUCAUUUCUGACAAUGUUUAUAUUGGAAAUCUUUCUGCCGCUCUAUCAACGGAUGUACGCGAGAGACUUGGAAUAACACAUAUUCUUUCAGUCUGCACCGAGUAUUCGUCUACAGACCACAACCACCUCACUAUACCCGUGCAAGACUCAGAGUACGAAGAUCUCCUUAUACAUCUACCUCGGGGAUGUAGCUUCAUUCAAAACGCUUUGGACCAAGGGGGAAAGGUUCUAGUUCAUUGUGCCAUGGGCGUCUCAAGAAGCCCCACGGUCGUUUGUGCCUACCUAAUGUUCACCCAACGGCUAUCUGCUCAUGCAGCAAUACAAUACGUACGAAAACGUCGACCAAAAAUUCACCCCAAUUAUGGAUUCAUGAAACAGUUGAUUGCUUUCGGCGAGUGCCGUUAUAAGCCUUCAUGCACAAACAGCGAGUAUAUCGCCUGGAAGCGCAGGCAAAAACGAGAAGUAUCUAAAUAUCUCGACCUGAUUGCCGACACCGUACCCGUGAUACCAGAUCAAUUAUACCUUAGUAGUGACUUCCCGGGAGAUCCUGAUGCUGCCGAAUCACUUCUUUUGGACUUGGGCAUGACGCAUGUGCUUUCCAUCUCAUCUGCACAACUUCCGAAGCCAGAUCUUCCUCUGUUUAAUCACUGUUUUAUUGAUAUCCCAAAUAAUGGUCGGCAAGCUUUGUUGCUAGAGCUUCCGACAGCAUGUAAAUUUAUUGGUGAUGCCAUCACCGACGGAGGGCAAGUGCUCGUUCAGUGCCGCGUCGAGCUCAGAGCUUGUAUCGUAGUUUGUGCCUAUUUUAUGUUCACGCGUCAUGUAUCACCACGUCAAGCACUCGGACUUCUUGAAUCUGCGCUUCCAUUGUAUAAUCCCACAGACAACUUCUACCGUCAUCUAGACCUUUUUGCAGCGUGCAAAUAUGUUCCAACGCCCAAUAACCCCCUUGUCCAAGCAUGGAUCUCAGGAGGCACUCAGGCCGGUAAGCCUUCCUCAAAGAAGAAAUCUACUACCACGAUCCGACGCGAUACAUUAUUGCUUGCGACCACGACGAUGACACUUGCGACGGAGCCGAAGGUGUUUGAUUUUGCAGCCCUCAGCGAGGUGCUGGCACGGUUUCAGUCGACUUCAACGAGCGUGGGCGCUGCGCGCACAUAGUUCGGUUCUAGUAUUUGCUGUUUAACAUGCUUGUUCAUUUGAUUAUACCAUUCCCUUGGUCCAUGAACAGUUUAUCUCGACGAAAUCAUAUCGGUGUCUAUGAGAAUCUAGUGUAUGUAAAACCCAGGUCACAUACUUACCACUUACCAUCUACAUGUACCAAGCUGAGUACAAGGCCUUUUACGCCUCCUUCCUCGGUAUUCUAGCGUACCAUCACGCACCCUUCCUAUAUGACUCUUCCUCCUCCCCAACCGUUCCCUCCGUAUCGCCGUGGAAGACCUCUCAGGUUCUUCGCUCGCUUACCUAGCCAUCGGUAAUGUCAUUUGAGUAAUUUUAAUCUUUCUGGUAUCCAUGUGUCACUAGCUGCUGG